AUGUCGCUGGUUCAAACUUUCGGAAAGAAGAAGAACUCGACCGCCGUCGCCUCGAUCAAGGCUGGCAAGGGAUUGAUUCGCAUCAACUCCCAACCUAUCCACUUGAUCGAGCCAGAGACUUUGCGCCUCAAGGCUUACGAGCCCAUCCUCAUUGUUGGAGAGGACAAGUUCGCGUGAGUGUCUCCCGAGGUCACAUGGUGGGACAAACCGUUGCGGGAGGUGGAAUCGGUCAAGAUAUUCGAUUGAAGAUGUUCGAUUGCUUCAUUCGCCUAGUCUGGCUUCGUACAGCUGACACUUCGUCGCGUAUUACGCUAACGCUGUGCACACCUACCCUUCGCUUCUAGCAACGUCGACCUCCGCAUCAAGGUCUCCGGUGGUGGUCACGUCUCUCAGGUUUACGCCAUCCGCCAGGCUAUUGCCAAGGCUCUCGUUGCCUACUAUGCCAAGCACGUGCGUAUAGAUGCAACAGAGACUACAUGAGAUUCAUGGUUGAGCUGGGCGGGGCGAGGGUUGCGGAAUGCCAGCUGAGGGAAAGGGUUUGAGUAGAAGGCGUUAUUUGGGGUCCACAGGCAAUGGAUGUCGAAGCACUGAACAUCGGCCCCGUGGAGCCAUACGAUUCCUCACGAGAAAAUCAGAAGCUGACUUCACACUGUCCUCGCAAUCCACAGCAAGAUGCUGCUUCCUCUCUCGAGCUGCGUCAGCAAUUUGUAGCCUACGACCGCACUCUGCUUGUCGCCGACCCUCGUCGCAUGGAGCCCAAGAAGUACGGUGGUCGCGGUGCCCGUGCACGCAGGCAAAAGUCUUACAGAUGA